UCCCCCUCACCCCUAAAGUUUCUGGGUUCGUUGGAAUUUUUGGAUUCAGAAUUUUUUUCCUUUUUUUUUCCACCUAGGAAUUUGAGGGGAAAACUUUUGACAAAUCGAUCGCACUUUCUCUCCGCUAGCUCUUACGAGAGAGGCUCCCGCUGGACAAAGUUUUCCAAAGUUUUCCGAGUGUGAUGGUUGCGGGAAGAGCUAAUCCACCAGCUUGAUUCACGGCUUCAUCUCACCACCCCUCGAGCAGCCCCUAAGCCCCGCUAUAAGGGAACAAACAAACAAACAAACACAAAGUUACACUCCGAGUCCGCCUCGUGUCUCCCCUCUCUCUUCUUUUAGGCAAUUUUUUUUCCUCCCUCUCUCCGCUCCCCUCGCAGCCUCCACUCCCCUUCCCUCGGCCCCUUCCUCCUUCUCCGUUUUGGCUGGAGGUUCCAGGACCCCCGGCCGCAGCCUCCCCUCCCCCGCCGUUCGCGUCCCUUCUCAUCCGGCCCUCCCCUCCCCCGCCGCGGCCGGCACAGCCAAUCCCCCGAGCGGCCGCCAACAUGCUCUUUGAGGGCUUGGAGCUGGUGUCGGCGCUGGCCACUCUCGCCGCGUGCCUGGUGUCGGUGACGCUGCUGCUGGCCGUGUCGCAGCAGCUGUGGCAACUGCGCUGGGCUGCCACCCGCGACAAGAGCUGCAAGCUGCCGAUCCCCAAGGGCUCCAUGGGCUUCCCGCUCAUCGGAGAGACCGGCCACUGGCUGCUACAGGGUUCCGGCUUCCAGUCGUCGCGGAGGGAGAAGUAUGGCAACGUGUUCAAAACUCACUUGCUGGGGCGGCCGCUGAUCCGUGUGACAGGCGCAGAAAACGUGCGCAAGAUCCUCAUGGGCGAGCACCACCUCGUGAGCACUGAGUGGCCACGCAGCACGCGCAUGCUGCUGGGCCCGAACACGGUGGCCAACUCCAUUGGCGACAUCCACCGCAACAAGCGCAAGGUCUUCUCCAAGGUCUUCAGUCACGAGGCCCUGCAGAGCUACCUGCCCAAGAUCCAGCUGGUGGUCCAGGACACGCUCCGGUCCUGGAGCAGCAACCCUGAGGCCAUCAACGUGUACCAGGAGACACAGAAGCUCACCUUCCGCAUGGCCAUCCGCGUGCUGCUGGGUUUCAGCAUCCCUGAAGAGGACCUUGGCCACCUCUUCGAGGUCUAUCAGCAGUUUGUGGAGAAUGUCUUCUCCCUGCCCGUCGACUUGCCUUUCAGCGGCUACCGGCGGGGCAUUCAGGCACGGCAGAUCCUGCAGAAGGGCCUGGAAAAGGCGAUCCGGGAGAAACUGCAGUGCACGCAGGGCAAGGACUACUCGGAUGCCCUGGACAUCCUCAUUGAGAGCAGCAAGGAGCACGGCAAGGAGAUGACCAUGCAGGAGCUGAAGGACGGAACCCUGGAGCUGAUCUUCGCGGCCUACGCCACCACGGCCAGCGCCAGCACGUCCCUCAUCAUGCAGCUACUGAAGCACCCCGCCGUGCUGGAGAAGCUGCGCGAGGAGCUGCGCGCCCAGGGCAUCCUGCACCGUGGCGGCUGCCCUUGCGAGGGCACACUGCGCCUCGACACUCUCAGCGGGCUCCACUACCUGGACUGUGUCAUCAAGGAGGUCAUGCGCCUUUUCACGCCCAUUUCUGGAGGCUACCGCACCGUGCUGCAGACCUUCGAGCUCGAUGGUUUCCAGAUCCCCAAAGGCUGGAGUGUUAUGUACAGCAUCCGGGACACCCACGACACGGCGCCCGUGUUCAAAGACGUGAACGUAUUCGAUCCAGACCGCUUUGGUCAGGCCCGGAGUGAAGACAAGGACGGCCGCUUCCAUUACCUCCCGUUCGGCGGCGGAGUCCGCAGCUGCCUGGGCAAGCAUCUGGCCAAGCUGUUCCUGAAGGUGCUGGCGGUGGAGCUGGCCAGCACGAGCCGCUUUGAGCUGGCCACCCGGACCUUCCCCCGCAUCACCUUGGUCCCUGUCCUGCACCCCGUGGAUGGCCUCAGUGUCAAGUUCUUUGGCCUGGACUCUAACCAGAACAAGAUCCUGCCAGAGACGGAGGCCAUGCUGAGUGCCACAGUCUAACUGCGCCUAGCCCGUACCCCCACCUCAGCCCAGCCAGGCCUGGGGGUGGUGGGGGUGGUGGGAGGCACCAGAAGGGUCGAAACCUGUGUGUGGGAGGGGGCUGGAACCUGGGGAAGGGGAAGCGGCCCUUCACACCUUGCCCUCCCCUGUUCCUCCCCCCCCAAGAAACCCCUACCCAAAGCCAGAAGGACCCCAUCCUUGGGGGGGGGAUGGAAGGCCCUUCUCCUGGCUCCUACUUCUGUCCAGUCCCCCCCAGUCCCACCGGCUCAGCUCCCGGGAAGUGGCAGGGCGGGGCGCCCCGCAUGCCCGGUUCCGUGUUCAAUGUCAGUGGCUUGGCUGCAGCAUUUGCUUGUGAUGUUCCCAUCUGGUCCCAGCUCUCCAUUUCUUUUAGACCCUUUUAGUCUGAGGGCAGGUGGUUGACAUGGGGGGGGAGGAGGGGCCCCCUUUGGCUCUCUCUUCAGCCUCGCCUCCCCCUCCUGCUUUGACUCAGACUGGUGGAGUCCCCCUCCUGGUGUGGCUGCUGAAGAACAGCAUCCUGGGUAAUAGAACACAAACCACCCUUGGCGGGGUUGGGGGGCUUCAAGCAGCCUGGAGGGGCUCCACCCCUUUGCCAGCUUGGACAUUUGAAAUUACCUAUUGCUGCUACUUUUUCUCUCUUCUGACCUUGGGGCAAAGGAGCCCCAGGCCUCUCCUCCCAGCAUCCCCCCUGGUGGCCCUGGGCAUGCGCACUGACAUCCCCACCUUCCCGCCAGGCAGCCUUGAGCCCAUCCUGCCCCCUGUUACACACACGCCCAAGGCCUUUGGCUCGUGGGCUGCACCCCCCGCCCCCGCGCUGCUCCUUCCCCAGCCCCCCAUAUUUAUUCACUGAUGUAACCGAAUCUUGGCGUUCCUGGGGACUGGAUUCUGUUCCCUAGCCUCUGUCCCAGCUGUCCAGGGCAGGACUUCUGCGAAUGAGGCAGUCCCCCCACCCCUAGGCUCCAGACCUUCUGUGGGUUCAACCUCAGAGCCUCACUCCCUGGGUGAAGUCCAGUGUCUCUGCCUUUGCCUCCGGUGGAGAUGGGGAAAUGGCCCACUGCCUUCCUCCCUGCUCUGUCAAAAACCCUGAUCAUGUGAGGAUUUGGAGGCCGCCAUAAGCUCCUGCUUGGCCACUGUUCACCCCGGUGCCCCCCACUCCUGCUAGUGAGCAUGGGGAAGUAUACGGGUUCUUUCUUGUGACAGGGAGCAAGGGCCUCUGUCGUCCCUCCCUUGACCUUCACCCUUGGCCCUUUGCCCUUGGAAAGAUGUCCUUGAAGUCCUUUCCACCUCUAUGCCACUGUCUGCUUAGCCCAGCUCAGGGGUGUGGGGACAAGAUGAAAGCAAGGGGAGGUGAGCAUAGGAGGCAGCCCUUUGGCGGCACUGACUUGGGUCUUCUGCUGUGGUCUCGAGGCAGGUGCCCCGGGGGGCUGCAAAGCUGAGGAGGAGGGUAUGUGUGAUUUGUCAGAAGUGAUUUGGUUGAAAACUGGCCGGUCAGGGGAUGACUGGGGGAAAGAGAAGUAGCUCCUGCCACUGGCAUUUUGAGUGUUGGCAAUUUGGGAUGCCUCCCCGGGAUGAUCUGAGGGUCUUUGGUGAGUCGCUAAGUGAUUUUGUCUGUUUUCAGAUUUUUCUUUGCUUUCUGCGUUUCUCUAUUGGUUUUUGAUGUUACAAAAGCAGUGAAUCCUCUUUACAAGAAAAUAAAAAACACAGAGGAGUGCAGGAUACUGAUCUCUCCAGUCCUCCUCCAUAGCGGUGACGUCCGUGGGCAGCUGCGUGGCCCCCUCCAUGGAGCUCCGUGGGAGCCCCCCUCCCCCCCACUCACACCCCCUGGUGGUAGGCUUUAGGGGAACGGGCUCAUGCCUGGCGACUGCUCUGUAACCCCUGUUCUCAAGUGUUUCGUUUGGUUCCUACUUUUUCGCUACUAAAGAAUCAGUGCAGAACAGACGUCACUGGCAAAAAGACAUUUUAAAAAGAGCUAGUAAAAUCUCUCAAUCCACCCCCCACAACACACACACACACACACACACACACACACACACACACAUUCUGAAAAACAGGCAAACAUGUAUAAAGACUCAUCAAAGCUUGCAAAAGAGCUGCGUGGUGCAGAAUUUGUUACGCAUAAAAAAAGCCCAGUGUCUGGAAGGUACGCGCUCCUUCAAGCUGCCCCAGCUUGCUCUGCAGCAAUCGUUUUUUCACCAUCAAGGAAGGCAGUAAGUGCUACUCCAGACAGGAAGCCCACCAGGCCUGGCCCUGGUGAGGAGGGCGAGGGAGGCUGGCGGGCUCUGGGAGGCAGCUUCUGUUGGGGUGACCAGCCUGGGAGGGGCCGAGGGAAAGGCCGAGGGGGUCCCUGUGAGGAGGAAGGAAGGAUUAUUUGCCCCGCUGGGUCUCAAAGGCAACAAGAAGAGAACUGAAAGAAACUCUUGACGGGCUGACAGGAGGGUUCCUGUGUUGGAAUGUGGCCGUCUCUCGUGUCUGUCCACCCGUGCCUGUGUGUGCAGGUAGGACUAGAUGGGUGACGUUUCCUCACGUACCGUUCCUAACUAUUGUAACUUGACAUGAAAAAGGCAAAACCCCACAACACUCUUCCUGCCACGGGCUUGCAGAUUGAAGCACUUUCGAUGUUGGGCGUUGGCGUUUGUGAUCUGGGCACCAUCCUGACCCUGCCCAGAUCACUAUAAUAUUAUUUUAUACACAAAACUUUUUUUUCCAUAAAUGUUAUAAUUUUGUGUCUGUCUUUAUAAACUAUUAUAAUUACUAUUUUUGUUAUAAUUCAAAAUAGAUAUUUAGUAUAAAGUUUUUGCUGUUAAAUAUUUGUUAUUUAGUAAAAUAUGAAUUUUUUUCUCUAUUGUAAACAUGGUUCAAUAUAUUAAUAUGUUUUUAUCACAGUUGUUUUAAUAUUGAAAAAGCACUUGUGUGUUUUGUUUUGAUAUGAAACUGGUGCCGUGUGAGUGUUUUUGCUGUCAUGUGGUUUUAAUCUGUAUAUAAUAUUCCAUGUUGCAUAUUAAAAAAAAUGAAUGUUGCGCAUUUUGUGAUUUUGGAAAAACUCAACCUGGCUCUUUUAUAGGCUUCCAUAAUAAACUGUGGGGACUCA